CUAUGUUACAGUGGGUACAUUAAUAUUUGGAAGAUGUUAUGAUGGCGACAAGUUCUUCCCGGGAACAGAAGUCAAAAAAUAACGUACGAAAAUGUUACGUGAAAAAUGAGUGUCCCUUUGGAGUAAGUCGGGGCCCUGUGACAACGCAUAAACGUGAUUUUGCGGAGGUCGACAAUCACAGACAGCGAGCGCUGGUGGGAAAAGUGAAAGAUGCCUUUCGGACAAUUUCCUUUCGUUCAGAGCCAACAAUUGGCGAGGACGAUUUGGUUACCAGACGCAAUUCACUAACACCCAUCAGUUUUCGAGUUAACAGCAGAAAUAGUUACGCUUUGGAUGCCAAGAAACGCCAUGAACUUGUUCAGAGUCUCGUACCCAAAUGUUAUGAGCAUCUUCAGAAUUUUCAUCACUAUCGAAACGAUAUGGAAAGAUUGAACUCGGGGUGUAAAGUUUUGUACCUCUCUGCGAAAAACGGAGAUAAAGUUGGGGAGGAGAAAGAAGCUCAAGGAGUUGAUGGUCAAGCUUCGGUGAAAACCGAAUGUUGGCCUCUAAGGCGACGGAACGGCCAUAGUCCAAAUGCAAGAAAUUUAAAAAUGCCUCGUAAACUUACAUCAACGGCGGUAGCUAAGGAGUCCAAAAAGGAUUCUGCACUCUCACCAAGAUGCGAUGUUAACGUCUCUAAAACUAAGCAGUCUAACUUGAGUAGCGUGUUGAACUGUUCCGAAGCAAAAUUAAAAGCGAACGAUUCCAAAGGAGGUUCAGGAGAUUAUUCCAAACUGGCUUUUGGCAAUGGAGUAGAGAGAUUGGCGCCUCGUGAAUGUGAGAGCCGUAGAGGGAGCGGUGAAGUGCCUUCUGUUAAGCUUGAGGAAGAUAUCAGCAUUGUUGAAUCGCCAGGUGUUCACCUCAUGCACAGCUCUGACAGUGCAGUUAGCGAUAUUUCACCACAUCCCCCCAUGACAACGCCGGAGCUUGACAUUUCUAGAAGAUCUUCCGUUCGUACUCUGGUUUUCGAAAGUCAAGAGGAACUUGAUACAAAUAGUGGAAAAAAUCCAUCGUCUGUGCAAAGAACUGCUUACAAAGAUUCGAAGCACAGCCCUCACCUUCUUGCCCCGUUUCAAUCCAGAUUUCCGCAUCUGAAAUGUUCCGAGUUGGCGAGUUCUCAAAACCGACAAAAGAGAAAUGUAACCGCUGUGAUUCCACCAUGGCAACAAUAUCGUAUUUUGUGUGACGCAUUUCGGCCUAAUCAACAGCAGAACUCGCGUUCGAACGGGUACAAAAAGCCCAAGUUUGCCACAACCACAGAGCUGGAAUAUUACAUCGAGAUUGUGUCUGAAACGAACGAUAAUUGCGGAUUGAAUUUCUAGAGGGUUUUGGGGAAGUUUUCAAUAAUUGUUCACAGGAACCUGUAUAGUUUAUAGUGUAUGUGAGGACAAAUAGACUUGUGUAAAAAGCGGAGCGAACGAUAUCAACGUAAAUUAUGAUGAGAGGUUUGUUAUCCACAUUCAGUGUCUCUGUUAUUUUUUAUUUUUUUUUUUUUCAUUCCGUUUCUCUUUCUCACUCUUUUUUCACUAUGCCCUGUAAUUGGCUUAGAAAUCUCGCGCCAUUCUUUCAACCAGUCGAACGCAAAACUUAAGCAAUUGCGCCAAACGUCAUUCCUUUUUUUUCCUUGGCGCUUCACGCAAUAGAAAAUUAUUUUUCUUUACUGUGAGAUCUCAUUGGCUCUUUAUGACACUUACUUUUUUCUGACUGUACGUUUUACAACACAAUCUAACUUUGCUCAACCAGCGCAAAGUGAUAGUUUCAGGAAACAUUGUAUUUACACCCAAUUGCGAGGACGCCGUAGGAAAACCCAAAUAUCGAAAAAGAGGAAAAACCCAAACAAGAUAUCGAGUAGCAUUUAAAACUAUCCUCUGGCUAUAUGCCCGACAGUCGAACAGAAUUUCCACAGAAAAAUUAUUUUAAACC